GACAACUCGGUCCGCACCUUGGAGUAAAUCUGACAAUUUGAUCAGUUGUCAGCGUCUUCCCACCGCGACCUCCCUGGCGUACCCUUGACCCGCAUGCCCGAUAAGACGGCCCGUACAUACGUCUGCAGAACGACCGAACGAACUCUAAGCUAUAACUAACUAAGUAUAUCUGACCUCCGUCUUUCACCACCUUGACGGCAAUUGUGUCAAAACUGCCCUUUUCAGAAUGUAAAAGUCAUGGUUUCUAUUUGUCUCUUCCUCACCUUCCCUCUCUGCUGGAUGGCAGAAGGGUAAGAAUUCCUGUUCUGAGAAAGCCAAUGGUUACCAACCCAAGGAAGACCUCAAAGGAUCCAGGAAGGGUUACAGGAAGACCAGUAUCAGGCACUGCCAUGACCCAAAAGGCACCUUGCCCCAUGCUCCUCCUCUUGCUCUUGCUGACAGUUACUUGGCUAAUGGUGGUAGCUCAAGAUGGCAAAUACAAAGAGUUCAAGAAUAAGCACCUUGACUAUCCCAAGACUAAAGCCAAGAACAACCGUCAAUACUGCAACACCAUGAGGCAGCGCCGGAGACUGCCCUGCAGGCCCACCAACACCUUCAUUCACGUCAACGAGGCCAGGAUGAAAUACAUCUGCCGCUCAGGGAAGCGGAUCAGCAAAGAUACCCGUGAGAGCCUCCGGGCUUACCCAGUUACUGACUGCAUCCGGGCAAGGAAAGGCAGUAGUACCCAGUGCCGCUACAGGGGCAAGUCUUCCAAGCGCCGGAUCCGGGUCACCUGUAAAAACGGGGUUCCCAUCCACUAUGUGCAAAUCUAAGUCAUGGCACAGACCAGCUAGAGGCCUGGCUGCUACCUGUGCUUCUGCUUGGAUGCUUUGGCCUUCUGCUGAUUGCUCCGUACAUGCAUGCCAGAAAACAUACCCACCCUGUACCCUCUGAACGUGUUAAGGGGGUCCCUAACAGGUGAUGGCCCAUUUUAUAAGUGCUUUGGCCCUUUUGCUGCCUUCUAGUGACUGUUACAUUGCCCCCUCUCUGUAUAAUACAUUUACUUGCAAUUGCUGGACUCCAUUAUGUACAAACAAGAUAGGGCAGAGACCUGCAUGGUGAGCAAAUCUGAGGUAGCUGGUGAGUAGAGGAGUUGUACGUGUCUGGUGGUUGCUUAGGAAGCUCAUUGUGUCAGUCUGAGCCCUUCAUGCUAGAUCAAUUUUAUUGCUGCUUGCUGAAAUAAAAUGCUUUAGGAUAAAAGCAC